GGCCCCAGCGGCGAGGCUUCCUUCGGGCCGGCCGGCGUGCCCUCGAUGCCGGUUGGAGCAGUGCGGGGUGGAGCGGAGGCUGGGCCCGGGCGGCGGGCAGACUAGGAGGCCGACGAGCCGGCUCGCCCGCGGCGGUGGAUGUGUCGGCCGUGAUGGACGCCUUAGAGGAAGAGAGCUUCGCGCUGUCCAUCUCCUCCGCCUCUGAUGCAGAAUUCGAUGCUGUGGUUGGGUAUUUAGAGGACAUUAUCAUGGACGAUGAGUUCCAGUUACUACAGAGAAAUUUCAUGGACAAGUACUACCAGGAGUUUGAAGACACGGAAGAGAAUAAACUCACCUACACGCCUAUUUUUAACGAAUAUAUCUCUUUGGUAGAAAAGUAUAUCGAAGCACAACUGCUGGAGCGGAUCCCUGGAUUUAACAUGGCGGCUUUCACAACAACAUUACAGCACCAUAAAGAUGAAGUGGCUGGUGACAUAUUCGACAUGCUGCUCACAUUUACGGAUUUUCUGGCUUUUAAAGAAAUGUUUCUGGACUACAGAGCAGAAAAAGAAGGCCGGGGACUAGACUUAAGCAGUGGUUUAGUGGUGACUUCGUUGUGCAAAUCAUCUUCCAUGCCAGCUUCCCAGAACAACCUGCGGCACUAGGUCCCACGCACCUCCAGGCUAUGGGAUCCUUGUGGACAUCACCAGCCCCAUAGACUGGGAGAGGCUAAUGAGGACAAAAUACAUCUUGGAAAGACUGACUCUGUUACUCUCUUCUGCCACUCUCCAUUAAUGAUAAGUAUUGAUGGGUCACAAAGAACAUUAUCUGACC